CAUAAGUAUUAAUUUAGAAUAAACUAUGAAUUCACUUCAAUUUAUGAGUUUAUAUCAUAACCUAGAAUAUAGUGAAAGCUAGAAUCUAGAGAUUCUCCGCAACUCAAAUCGCACAACCUGGGAUUGACGGAGGUGAAAGAAACUUGUUUACGUUUCACCGGGUGCUAAGUUGGGUUCGGACUUUAAUCCGGGAGCGAAUUUUAAAUUUAAUUCAUUGCUUAAUUGAUUCCAAAAGGUGGUUAAUUAUCUUCUCAAUCUACGUGGGAUGUGAGGAAUUUUCGUCGUCGUCUAGGUAAGUUGAGGCGAUGGUGGUGGGGCCUAAUAAGAGGUGGGGGACCUGGGAGGAGCUAAUCCUGGGCGGUGCCGUUCUCCGGCAUGGUACAGAUGACUGGAACGUCGUCGCUUCGGAACUUAAGGCCCGGACUAUCAACCCUAACAGCUUUACCCCCGAGGCUUGCAAGGCAAGAUACGAGAGGUUGCGGAAGCGGUAUACUGGAUGCAGUUUUUGGUUUGAAGAGCUAAGAAAGAGACGAAUUGAGGAAUUGAAACGGGAAUUGAAGAGAUCUGAAGGCUCCAUUGGAUCUCUCAAGACAAAAAUAAAAUCUCUAAAGGCUGAGAGAGACCUUUCCAGCCAAACAGGAUUACCCGUUCCCGUGGUAAAAUUAGAGGGCAUUCAAUUAUCCGCUGGCAGCUUCACCAAAACUUUACAACCCAACGAGUCACACAGAUGUCAAGUUCAAGCUUUAACAUCGACUACCGAGACUGAGUCAAAUAGUAAGAACGGAGGGGGGAUGAUAAGGAAGAGAAGGGGUAAGAGAAAGAGAAAGGACGUGGUAUGGGAUUCAAAAGAAGGGAGCAUUGGAGAGAGUGGGAACAUGUGCUCUACGAGUGGUGUUUCUUUUUCUCACAGCAAGGAAGCAUUCAAUGAUGGAUGUGGUGAUGAUGAGACUAGAAGAGGAGUUUCUGGUCGCACAAAAAAUGGUGGGUUGAUGGAUAUCUUCAAUUCCAUUGCACAGAGAGAACCUGCAUUGGUCUUUAUGCAUCGUCUUGAUAGUCAGAAGAGAGCAAGAUACAAGAAAACAAUCAAACGCCAUAUGGAUAUGGAAACUAUAAGAUCAAGAAUUGUAACCCUUUCCAUCAGGUCCCCCCUAGAACUCUUCAGAGAUUUGCUUUUACUAGCAAACAACGCUGUAAUAUUCUACUCAAAGAGAACGCGGGAACACAAAGUGGCACGUGCCCUUAGGGAUCUUAUCACAAAAACAUAUCAUCACAUGCAGGCUCACAACAAAGACAUAACAACCUCUGUUGUGCCAACGGUACGCAGUUGUGCCGUGAAACCGCGUAGUGCCAGGCCCCGCCCUAGCAAGCACAGGAGCCCAGCCAUUGUGUUGGAAACUAACACAAAUGCUGCUUUACUCAAAGAGAACGUGGGAAAGGAAGGGGGGCUAAUUAAGCAAACACCUGGGAAGGCAAAACGUGUAUUGUUGGUGAACGAUAAUCAUGUUUCGCGCCAUAGAGAAUUGGGAAAAGAAGGCUCAUCAUCAUCACUACAUAAAACCGUGCCAAAGGAAGAGGUAGUUGUAGUUGGAUCUAAUAUGAAGCCUGUAGUGAAGAAAAGGAAAGUUUUUCCAAGCAAAGGUUGAGUUGAACUAAUUCCUGCCAAUGUAAUUACUGGGUUAUUAGUCCAACUAUUCAAUCAUGUCCUUUUGUUCUUCCUUUAGCUCAUCACCCG